AGAAGAUUCGAGAGAUUUGUGGAACGUACGCGUUCUCGAACUCUCUCAACUGGACGCAUAUAAAUAAGCGUAACGCACGCGCAAGUUUACGCGUCUCUCAAAGUGACAGUUGAGGAGAAAAAUCUCACAGCUUUCGUCAGGAGAACCGCCUAAUCUAAUUCACUUUAACAAAUCAUUAAAGAUGCCGGAGGCGCACGACCAGCCGAUGGAGGACGAGGAGGCCGAGACCUUCGCUUUCCAGGCUGAGAUCGCUCAGCUCAUGUCUCUGAUCAUCAACACCUUCUACUCCAACAAAGAGAUCUUCCUCAGAGAGCUCAUCUCCAACUCUUCAGAUGCUUUGGACAAAAUCCGCUAUGAAAGUCUCACAGACCCGAGCAAGCUGGACUCAGGAAAAGACCUCAAAAUCGAAAUCAUUCCCAACAAACAAGAGCGCACACUCACGAUCAUUGAUACCGGCAUCGGCAUGACCAAAGCGGACCUCAUUAAUAACCUGGGCACCAUCGCCAAAUCCGGCACCAAGGCCUUCAUGGAGGCCCUUCAGGCUGGAGCCGACAUUUCAAUGAUUGGUCAGUUCGGUGUGGGCUUCUACUCCGCGUACCUGGUGGCCGAGAAAGUCACGGUCAUCACCAAACACUUAGAUGACGAGCAGUACGCAUGGGAGUCGUCCGCAGGCGGAUCCUUCACCGUUAAAGUGGACACCUCCGAGCCGAUGGGCCGCGGCACUAAGGUGAUCCUGCAUCUGAAGGAGGAUCAGAUGGAGUACAUCGAGGAGCGGCGGGUCAAAGAGAUCGUGAAGAAGCACUCGCAGUUCAUUGGCUACCCCAUCACGCUCUUCGUCGAGAAGGAGCGUGACAAGGAGGUGAGCGAUGAUGAAGAGGCGGAGGAAGAGGAGAAGAAAGAGGAAGAGGAGGGCGAGAAGGACGAGGACAAGCCCGAGAUCGAAGACGUGGGCUCAGACGACGAGGACCACGAUGACAAGUGCUCCGACAAGAAGAAGAAGAAGAAGAAGAUCAAGGAGAAGUACAUCGACCAGGAGGAGCUCAACAAGACCAAACCCCUGUGGACACGCAACCCCGAUGACAUCACCAACGAGGAGUACGGCGAGUUCUACAAGAGCCUGACCAACGACUGGGAGGAUCACCUGGCCGUCAAGCACUUUUCUGUGGAAGGUCAGCUGGAGUUUCGCGCGCUGCUCUUCAUUCCUCGUCGAGCUCCAUUCGACCUCUUCGAGAACAAGAAGAAGAAGAAUAACAUCAAGCUGUACGUGCGCAGGGUCUUUAUCAUGGACAACUGUGACGAGCUCAUCCCAGAGUACCUCAACUUCAUCAAGGGUGUCGUGGACUCUGAGGAUCUGCCGCUGAACAUCUCCAGAGAGAUGCUUCAACAGAGCAAGAUCCUGAAAGUCAUCCGCAAGAACCUGGUCAAGAAGUGUCUGGAUCUCUUCACCGAACUGGCCGACGACAAAGACAACUACAAGAAGCUUUACGAGCACUUCUCCAAGAACAUCAAGCUGGGCAUCCAUGAAGACUCUCAGAACAGGAAGAAGUUGUCAGAAUUGCUUCGCUACUACACAUCCGCUUCUGGAGACGAGAUGGUUUCCCUCAAAGACUACGUCACGCGCAUGAAGGACACGCAGAAGCACAUCUACUACAUCACCGGCGAGACCAAAGACCAGGUGGCGAACUCGGCCUUCGUGGAGCGUCUGCGCAAAGCCGGCCUGGAGGUGAUCUACAUGAUCGAGCCCAUCGACGAAUACUGCGUUCAGCAGCUGAAGGACUUCGAGGGCAAGAACCUGGUGUCCGUGACCAAAGAGGGUCUGGAGCUUCCCGAGGACGAGGAGGAGAAGAAGAAGCAGGAGGAGAAGAAGGCCAAGUUCGAAACCCUGUGCAAGAUCAUGAAGGACAUCCUGGAGAAGAAGGUUGAGAAGGUCACCGUCUCGAACCGUCUGGUGUCUUCGCCUUGUUGCAUCGUCACAAGCACGUACGGCUGGACGGCCAACAUGGAGAGGAUCAUGAAGGCUCAGGCUCUGAGAGACAACUCCACCAUGGGCUACAUGGCCGCCAAGAAGCACCUGGAAAUCAACCCGGACCAUCCCAUCGUCGAGACCCUGCGGAUAAAGGCAGAAGCCGACAAGAACGACAAAUCGGUGAAGGAUCUGGUGAUCCUGCUGUUCGAGACGGCGCUGCUCUCCUCGGGCUUCACGCUGGACGACCCGCAGACGCACUCCAACCGCAUCUACAGGAUGAUCAAACUCGGCUUAGGCAUCGACGAGGACGAUGUUCCCACAGAAGAGGCGAGUUCAGCUCCGGCCGAGGAGAUGCCGGUGCUCGAGGGAGACGACGACGCCUCACGCAUGGAGGAGGUCGACUGAACACGCAUGAACAAUGAUUAUAUAA